AUGGUUGAUUCACAACUAGCACAAUUAGCCGAGAGGGUUCCUUUCAACUCAUCUUCCACUUUGCCCGGACAAUCACAAACCAACCCUUCCAAUAUUGUGAAACCCGACUCUUGCAAUUCAAUCACAUUGAGAUCAGGUACAUAUUAUGAGGGUCCCAAGGGAAAGGAUGGCAAGGAAAAGAAAGAAGGAGAAGAGAAGAUGAGUGAAGAUAAAAAAGUUGAAGAAGAGAAGGUUGAUGAGAAAGAGAAGAGUAUGGAGAAAAAGAAGUCUAAGGAUGUGGUGACAUCCUCAACUUCUAGUGAGGCUAGAAACCUUGAUGGACCGGUUCCUUUUCCCGGUCGGCUUGCGGAGAGAAAAUUGAACGAUAAAUUUGCAAAGUUUCUAAGUGUGAUGAAAAACUUACACAUUAACCUCCCUUUCAUUGAUGUUGUCACACAAAUGCCCUCAUACUUCAAGUUCUUGAAAGACAUUCUCACCAACAAAAGAAAGCUCAAUGAUGAGCUUAUCAUUCUUCCCCAUCAACUUAACAUUGAGAUGAUCCCCACAAGGAAAACCAUUAAAUUGGCCGAUCGUUCGGUGAAGCUACCUUGUGGUGAGCUUGAAGAUGUCCCUAUUCAAGUUGGGCACAUCUAUGUGCCAUGUGACUUUGUAGUGAUGGAUAUGGAAGAAGAUGUGGAUACCCCUUUGAUUUUGGGCCGUGAAGCUCUUAAGACCUUGGGGGCAAUAAUCAAUUGCAAGAACAAUACCAUUACAUGUGAGGUAGCCGAUGAAAAACUUGUCUUUGAAUUCUCUAAGCUACUCAAGACCCCCAUGGUUGAGAAGUGCUAA